GUAUCCGUGGGAGAAGCAGGCGACUGCCACCCAGACGGAGAUGGUUCGGCAGCUUCUAGAGUUGAUGUCGGAUGCAAGUGGCAAUUUAGAGAGUCAAGAAGAGGUCGGGCCGACUUCAGCGAGCUUAGCCUUAGUGGCUCCUGCCGUUAGCUUUGGGAGUUCCCGGGAUUCCCAAGAGUCGCCCACGGUGCAAGAGCCGAUCGUUCGGGAGCACAGCUUCAUGGGAGGUGCCGAGGACAUGGCCCUUCAGGCGGUGAAGAAGUCGAAGAAUGACAGGGCGGAGGAGAAACGGCGGGCCGUCUCGCUGGCAGUGCAGGAUGAACACGGCGAGCUUGAGGCCAAAGGGUCCAGUGAACCGGCUGAGGCGAAAGGCCGCGCGACAGCCCAGGCCAAAGCUAAGGCCAAGGCUAAGGCCACAGCCAAGGCCAAGGCCAAGGCCAAAGCCAAAGCCAAGAGCAAUACGAAGCCAGCUGUCGUCGAGAUCUCGGACUCAGAGAAGGGUUCGCAGUCCGAUGGAGCUGCGGCAAAGGUUGCAUCCAAGGGCAAUAAGCGGGCUCGGGAUCAGGUGCCCGAGAAUGACAACGUCAUUCAUCGUGUGUCCCUGACGAAGUCUCAGAAGCACAAUCCCCGAACCUACAUCACUGCCUGUCGCUGUGCCGAUCCCGAGCGAAGGGGCAAGCACGACAAGACUCUGAUCGUUGAGUACAGGCCAAAGCAGUAUGGGCCAGGCUGCCUCGCAAAAGCCGAGGAAGCUCUGGCCUAUCUGAAGGAGCACCAUCGGGACAUCCAGAAGAAGAUUUAG